GAAAACGACGUGUGUUGGAGAAGAACAUGUUGAUUGUCUCUGUGACCACAGCGGGAUGUAACGACUUUCCUACUUUGGAGUCAGUGGAAAAUUACACCCUGAACAUAAAUGAUGACCAGUGUUUACUCCAGUCUCAGAGUAUCUGGGGUGCUCUCCGAGGUCUGGAGACUUUUAGCCAACUUGUUUGGAGAUCUGCUGAGGGCACGUUCUUUAUCAACAAGACCAAAGUUGAGGACUACCCCCGCUUCCCUCACCGGGGCUUGCUGUUGGAUACAUCUCGCCAUUACCUGCCGCUGUCUGUCAUCCUGGACACACUGGACGCCAUGGCGUACAGUAAGCUCAGCGUGCUGCACUGGCAUCUGGUGGAUGACUCUUCCUUCCCCUACGAGAGCCUCGCUUUCCCAGAGCUCUCCAGAAAGGGGUCCUAUAACCCUGUCACCCACAUUUACACAGCACAUGAUGUGAAAGAAGUCAUCGAGCAUGCGCGACUGCGGGGCAUCCGAGUUUUGGCAGAAUUUGACACUCCUGGCCACACUUUGUCCUGGGGACCAGGUAUCCCCGGGUUACUGACUCCUUGCUACUCUGGGACUGAGCCCUCUGGCACCUUUGGACCAGUGAAUCCCAGUCUCAACAAUACCUAUGAGUUCAUGAGUACAUUCUUCUUGGAAAUCAGCUCUGCCUUCCCGGAUUUUUAUCUUCACCUCGGAGGAGACGAAGUUGAUUUCACCUGCUGGAGGUCCAACCCAGAUAUCCAGAAGUUCAUGAAAAAGAAGGGCUUUGAUGACUUCAAGCAGCUGGAGUCCUUCUACAUCCAGACGCUGCUGAACAUUGUCUCUGCUUAUGACAAGGGCUACGUGGUGUGGCAGGAGGUGUUUGACAACAAAGUAAAGGUUCGGCCAGACACUAUCAUACAGGUAUGGCGAGAAGAAAUACCAGUAGGCUACAUGAAGGAGGUAGAAGCAAUCACCAAGGCUGGCUUCCGGGCCCUACUCUCUGCCCCCUGGUACCUGAACCAUAUAACUUAUGGCCCUGACUGGAAGGACAUGUAUGCAGUGGAACCUCUGGCAUUUGACGGUACCGCCAAGGAAAAGUCUCUGGUGAUUGGUGGAGAGGCCUGUAUGUGGGGAGAGUAUGUGGACAGCACAAACCUGGUCCCCAGGCUCUGGCCCAGAGCCGGGGCCGUUGCUGAGCGGCUGUGGAGCAGCAACUCGACAAGAAACGUGGACUUCGCCUUCAGCCGUUUGUCACGCUUCCGCUGUGAGCUGCUGAGGCGAGGUGUCCAGGCCCAGCCUCUCAGUAUAGGCUACUGCGAGCAGGAGUUUGAGGAGACCUGAGCCGACAGCUCCAGGCACCAAGGAGGGUGCUGGCCCUAGGAGAGCAGCAGUGGGGCCAGGCGUCCACUGCGUCCCAGCCGGGGACGGAGCCCCUCGACCCCGUGCCCUGUGCCUGGAGAUGAGGAGGCCGGUGCUGGCACUGGUGUUCAAUAAAGAGUGAUGUGCCAUUUUUCUAUGAUGAGCAUGGGUAACCUGUGUAAAAAGGAAGAAAUGCAGGUGAUGCAGUGGCUUACGCCUGUAAUCCCAGCUACUCAGAAGGACGAGAUCAGGAGGAUCU